UUUAAAUCCUUGCGUCAUGGCGAAUUCUUCGUACUCCUGUAAUGCUCAAUGAUACGAUCCGACUUAGGAUGUAUAGCUUUGGAAAAUCUAUCUUUUGCAGAGUGAAAUUCCUAGCAGAACGACAAAUUCACACUACAUGACUCAGUUAGCAAGCCAUUGCCCAAUACAGAACUAUGAGCCCAAGGAAUGAGAACACUUCGCCGCCAAAUACUGGGCGGUCGCCGUCCCACUCCUCGGGCGUAGAGGAUGGAGGUUCUCGGUUCGCCUUCGUAACCGAGGGCACUCUGGCCGAAGCCCGCAGCCAUGCGAUGCGGGAACACUGGAGACAACGACAACGUCGCAAGCAGAAAUUUGAGGAUCGCCGAUCCCAAAGGAAGAUUUUGCCUCAAACGAGCGCAAGCCCCAGAGACAGUAAAACCAAAUCAGACAGCGCUUCUGAAUCAGUAGUCGAGUAUCAUAACACUGAAGAUGUGUACCUGCUGCACCAGCGCAGUUCGACUCGUAUUAAAACCAGGCAGGCCAACUAUGGUAACGGGAAUAUCACGGGCGAGGGGCUUGGUGUGCCAACACAAGCCUUGACCGGACUCAACCACGCCCUAGCGUCUUCCAGGCUCGAUCCCUUUGAGAUGUUUCCGGUCCAGCUGACGAGUAAACAGCACAAGCUACUUCAUCAUUGGCUUAUUACCCACGCGACUAUGAUGUUUGAGGAUGUCUCCAUCCCGAGCUUUAACCCGAUGAAGGAUGUUUGGUUCCCGCUAGACCUCUCCAACGCUGCAUCCUUCUAUGGCAUCAUGGCCCACUCGGCUGCCCAUCUAGCUCACCUGUAUGCGGGUAUGAACCCUGUAAGGGGAACAAAGUCUACCGAUGCGUUGAGAUAUAAAGCUGAGGCAGUGCGCAUACUCACCACUUGGAUGACUGACCCCGAGAAAUCGCUGAGUAACGAUGCAUUUGCUGCUGUUCUUCGGCUCCUGACCUUUGAGAGAUAUUGGGGGACAGAAGAGGAAUGGAUGGUGCACCGCACUGGACUUCAAAGAAUGAUUGAAGCACGAGGAGGUAUUGACAAACUGCACGAUAACUGGCGCCUAGAACUUGUUGUCUACCUCGUGUCCUUAAUGUCAAGACCAUCGUGGUUCGAGUCAUCCAAUAACCUCUCAGAAAUAUCCGAACAGUCCUUCCAGAAUGCAGCAAUCGCAGCAUCGGUCGACACACAAAAGGUCCGCUGUCUGUGGUUGAUAUCCUUUAUCCAAGACAUGCGAACCUUGAUGGCGUUCUCAUCUCGCUUGUAUAUAGACGGCCUUGCAUCCUACCCAGCACUACAUGACGCUGUCCUGCUCCUCCGCUCAAAUUUCUAUUUGGCAAACAAAAUCCCCUCUAAUCACACUAGCUUCCUGGCCUCCGACUACGACAGGUUAACCUGCUUAUUCUCCAUCUGCAUCACAAUGCAAGAAUCGAUGUCCCGUUCACCCGCAUCAACAGUAUCACCCGCGCCUGAUAUCUAUAAUGACAUGGCAUUGUUGGACGUCGCUCUAUCAGCUUCACGAGAAGUAUGGAACACUUCCGUCUAUAGUCUGCGUGCAUUUCUGCAUCACCAUUUCGUGGCGUAUCACCCCGAUGGAGUGGCGAAGAUCGACUACGUGAUGAAGAUGACCGAUGUUCUAGGCUAUCUUAGUCUCGAGGCACGUAGGGGUGUCGAAAAAUGUCUUCUGAAUAUGCUGUGCCGUGCACGGGACGGAAAGGAACCACUUUUGACUGAUGAUGGUUGGACUCCUGAUUCGCUACUGUCAUCUGUGCGCGGUCAAUGAUCGACUUUCUGGGUUAUCUAGUUCAGCAUUCUGUUCAAUGAUAUAUACUUCUUUUGCAGCUGUUCGACCGCUAUAUCAUUACCGCUGCGAGAUAUGGCCCAUCUGUAAUUAAGAGAAUGGAGAUGAUGAGCAAUGUACACAAUGUGAGAGUAUAGGGAAGGAACCCCGAGAGAAGAAGACCGGUGACAUCUGAAGAUAGAUGAGAAUCAAGAUGUAGUGGGUAGAAAGUUGUAGGAAGUAGUAGUUGUCGUUGUCUGCAUCUCGGCACUAUCCUACAUCUCUGACCAGAGCGCAAACAUCUCCUCUUCCGGGUUACGCAGCAGAGAGUCCAGCCCAUGAGCUCUGGACAACCUCUGCUGUGCUGUGCUGGGUACAGAACUCACACAAUCGCCCUCUCACCAUAGGACGCUCUGGUCUCUGAUGGCGACCAGUAUAGCCUGCACCUCGAAGAACCUGCAAGUCAGAAGCUCUAGCCUCGUUAAUUGGUGUUAUUGUAUAGUGUACCCGUCCUGGAGGAAUGUGCUGCGUCUG